ACACACACACACACACAGCAGGGAGAUAAUGUUAGAGACAGUGAUGAAGAUUUAAGAUGAUUAAUACACAGCAGCAGAUGCUCCGCAGGAUUCAUUGUGAGCGAGUGAGUGUGUUGAUAACGAAGAAACUAAAUAUCUCAGGAUGAGAAACAGUGACGGACACGAAGAAGACAAAGAGUUUGACCCCCAGAGGUCAUGUCUCACCUGAUAGGGCAGUAUCUUCCUGAUGCUCAUGUUUGAUCCGCUGAACACCUGCCCUACAUUCUUUGCACUGUCCACGGUGACACAGACUCUGGUCCAUAUGUCCGGGGAAAAACCUCCAGGCCAGAAUUGAAUGCUGGGUUGGAAAGUUUGAGGCUUAUAAUACAGCCAAGAGCUCAGAGAGUACAAAACACCGGAACUGGUUCCCAGAGUCACAGGGUCUGAGCUGGAUGGGAAGAGUUUGAGGAGUGGGGGGUUUCUUGUUGUGUAAUAGUCAGUGAGGUAACGCAGACACACAGACAAACCUGCAGGAUGCAAAUGAAGAAGUGUUGAUUUACAAAUUCAAGUUAAAAGCACAAUCUGUCAUUCUAUGUAACAAGGGGUCUCUGGAGGCAUUGAAUUCAAUUGGAUAUCAUAGAAUAUAAAAAAGAAACAGGUCCUUAAGUUUGAAACUUGGAAUAAUAACAUCUGGAAUAAGAGCCAUUGAGUGGAGGAGGAACUUUCGACCUGAAGCAUCAUGGGCAUCAUCUUCUCUCAGAUCUUCUCCAGGUUCACCUCCAGGACACCGGUCAGGAUUUUAAUGGUGGGUCUGGAUGCAGCAGGUAAAACCACUCUGCUGUACAGACUGAAGUUGGCCGAGGUCGUCACCACCAUCCCAACUAUUGGUUUUAAUGUGGAGACGGUGGAGUAUAAGAACGUCAGUUUUACAGUUUGGGAUGUUGGUGGUCAGACUGUCAUCAGACCUCUGUGGAGACACUACUACACUAACACACAGGGUUUGAUAUAUGUGGUCGACAGCAACGACCCCGAGAGGAUUAAAGAGGCUGCAGAUGAGCUGCAUAGGAUGUUGGAGGAGGACGAGCUAAGAGGCGUGGCCCUGCUGGUUUUAGCCAACAAACAGGACUUGCCCAGGGCCAUGUCCGUCAGUGACAUCACCACGGCCCUGAGCCUAUCAGGGAUCUCCCAGCCGUGGGUCGUCCAGGCCUCCUGUGCCGUCAGUGGUGCAGGUCUGGUCCAGGGUCUGGACUGGCUCUCCACCCAGGUCCUCAGACAGUAGGAGCUGACGUGAAGCUGCAGAGUCCUUGAACGCACCAGGAUGUGAACUGAGGGGGAAACCAGGAGGAACACCACUGAUCCCAGUGGACUGGACUUCUGACGUCCAGCUCAGUAGAAAGACAUUGGACCGCUGUGACCUCGUCCUCCUCAAAAUGUAGUUUGAUCCACACUGGUGUCCUUUUAACAUAAAUAUAACAACGAGGUGUCAGAUCAACAAGUUGAAACGGGGGAAUCCUAUUUAUUGACAUGUUCCUGCUGCAGGUAGUUUGUUGUUGCACAAACAACUUCAUCAUCACAAACAAAUCGAACGUGGAAACUAUUGUUGUAGCUCUUGAUUCAUUACCCUGAUGUUUGGUUUCUCUCUAUGGUAUGUUUAAUUUUUUCACACA